UUUGCCAUGAGCUGUAUAACACCAUCCGAGAUUAUAAGGACGAGCAGGGCCGGCUUCUGUGUGAGCUCUUUAUCAGGGCUCCUAAGCGCAGAAACCAGCCGGAUUAUUACGAGGUUAUCUCUCAGCCCAUCGAUUUAAUGAAGAUCCAGCAGAAGUUAAAGAUGGAGGAGUACGAAGACGUGCAGCUGCUGACCAAGGACUUUCAGCUGUUAUUUCAGAAUGCAAAGACAUAUUAUAAGUCUGAUACCCCGGAGUACAAAGCGGCGUGUAAACUUUGGGAUUUGUAUCUGCGCACAAAGAACGAGUUUAUUCAGAAAGGUGACUGCGAGGAUGAUGAGGAAGAGGAUGAGACACAAGACAGCAGCACUGCCACGCCAGAAGAGUCUAAUGCCAAUUACUUGAAGCCAAUCCUUGAACAGCUGCUGGAAUCCGUCAGCAGUGCCACGCACCCCACGGGCCGACUCAUCAGUGAGCUUUUCCAGAAGUUGCCUUCCAAGGUGCAAUAUCCCGAUUAUUACGCUAUAAUAAAAGAUCCGAUCGAUCUGAAGACGAUUUCUCACAGGAUUCAGACGGGAUAUUAUAAAAGUAUCAACGCGAUGGCCAAGGACGUGGACCUGUUGGCAAAAAAUGCCAAAACGUACAAUGAGCCGGGGUCCCAAGUGUUUAAGGAUGCAAAUACAAUUAAAAAACUAUUUGCGUUAAAAAAGUCUGAAAUCGACUUUACAGAAUUCUCCAAGACAAGUUUACGUAACCGAAACAAGCGUCUGGCUCAGGGGGACCGGCUGUCGGCCAUCACUAUGGCAUUGCAGUAUGGAUCCGAGAGUGAGGAGGACGCCUCUUUAAAUGCUUCCUCAAUUCGUUAUGAAGAGGGCGAGUCAGAAGGAGAAAGCAUCACGUCGUUCAUGGACAUCUCUAGCCCCUUAUAUCAGCUUUAUGAAACUGUCCGAUCUUGCCGAAAUAACCAGGGCCAGCUCAUCGCAGAGCCUUUCUUCCAUCUGCCAUCUAAGAAGAAGUAUCCGGAUUAUUACCAGCAAAUCAAAAAUCCAAUUUCACUGCAGCAGAUCAGAACGAAGCUGAAGAACCAAGAAUAUGAGAGUCUGGAUCACCUGGAGUCUGACUUAAACCUGAUGUUUGAAAAUGCCAAGCGUUACAACGUCCCCAACUCGGCCAUCUACAAAAGAGUCUUUAAGCUGCAGCAGCUCAUGCAGGCUAAGAAGAAGGAGCUUGCGAGGAGAGACCUGGAUAUUGAAGAUGGAGACAGUAUGAUCUCAUCUGCCACGUCUGACGCUGGGAGCUCCAAACGGAAAAGUAAGAAAAAUAUAAGGAGACAACGGAUGAAAAUUUUAUUUAAUGCAGUCCUUGAAUCGCGUGAGCCGGGGACAGGCAGGAGACUCUGCGAACUCUUCAUGUUUAAACCAUCGAAAAAGGACUACCCUGAUUACUAUAAAAUCAUACUGGAGCCGAUGGAUUUAAAAACGAUUGAACACAACAUUCGCACGGAUAAGUAUUCCGGGGAGGAGGCCAUGAUGGAUGAUAUGAAGCUGAUGUUUCGAAAUGCCUGGCAUUACAAUGAAGAAGGCUCGCAGGUUUAUAAUGAUGCCCACGUCCUGGAGAAAGUCCUUAAAGAAAAAAGAAAGGAGCUCGGACCUGUUCCUGAUGAUGAUGACGUGGCGUCUCCCAAACUAAAGCUAAGUAGGAAAAGCGGAAUAUCACCCAAGAAAACCAAAUACCUCAGUCCAAUGCAACAGAAAUUGAACGAGGUUUAUGAAGCCGUAAAGAAUUUCACCGAUAAACGUGGCAGGCGUCUCAGUGCCAUCUUCUUACGUCUUCCUUCCCGCUCCGAGCUCCCCGACUACUACCUGACCAUAAAAAAGCCAGUCGAUAUGGAAAAAAUUAGGAGUCAUAUAAUGGCCAACAAAUACCAGGACAUCGAUGGCAUGUGCGAAGACUUUGUCAUCAUGUUUAAUAACGCGUGCACCUAUAACGAGCCCGAGUCCUUAAUAUAUAAAGACGCGUUGGUUCUGCACAAGGUCUUACUGGAAACAAAGAGAGACAUUGAAGGGGACGAGGACUCCCACGUGCCCAACGUCGUCCUGCUCAUCCAGGAGCUCAUCCAUAACCUUUUUGUGUCCAUGAUGAGCCACCAGGAUGAUGAAGGGAGAUGUUUCAGCGAUUCUCUGGCUGAAAUACCCGCCGUUGACCCCAAAUUUCCUAAGAGGCCUCCUUUAACUUUUGACGUUAUCAGGAAAAAUGUUGAGAAUAACCGCUACCGGCGGCUGGAUCUGUUCCAGGAGCACAUGUUUGAGGUUUUGGAGAGAGCGCGGAGGAUGAACCGAACGGACUCUGAGAUUUAUGAAGAUGCUGUGGAGCUCCAGCAAUUCUUCAUUAAGAUCCGGGAUGAACUUUGUAAGAAUGGCGAGAUCCUUCUCUCACCUGCCCUCAGCUACACCACCAAACAUCUGCACAACGACGUAGAGAAAGAGAAAAAAGAAAAGCUGCCCAAGGAGUUUGAAGAAGAUAAAGCCAAACGGGAAGAAGAAAAGAAAGAAGCUGAAAAAAGUGAAGAUCCCGGAGGAGUUGCGGGGCUGCCGGGGUUGGAUCGCACGUACAGUCAGGACUGCAGCUUUAAGAACAGCAGGUACCACGUGGGCGAUUACGUUUACGUAGAGCCCGCAGAACCCAAUCUCCAGCCGCAUAUCGUCUGCAUCGAGAGACUCUGGGAAGAUUCUGCCGGAGAGAAAUGGCUGUAUGGCUGCUGGUUCUAUCGGCCCAAAGAGACGUUUCAUCUCGCCACGCGGAAAUUUUUGGAAAAGGAAGUCUUUAAGAGUGAUUAUUACAACAAGGUUCCCGUGAAUAAGAUCCUCGGCAAAUGUGUGGUGAUGUUUGUGAAGGAAUAUUUUAAAAUUUGCCCUGAAAACUUUCGAGACGAGGAUGUCUAUGUCUGUGAAUCCAGAUACUCGGCUAAAACGAAAUCUUUCAAAAAGAUCAAGCUGUGGACCAUGCCAAUUAGCUCGGUCCGUUUUAAGGCAAGGGACGUCCCUCUGCCCGUGGUACGAGUGGCCUCUGUGUUUGCCACCAAGAACAAGGCUGAAGAGGAUCUAUCCAACGACGCCUCGGAGGAGAGUAAAGAGGAGGACGUCACGCAAGUCUUGGAGAAGGAGAAGGAGGAUGUUCCUGUUGACAUGCCUAAUGGAGACCCCGGCUGCUAUUACUUUGAGCAGCUUCGAUACAAUGACAUGUGGUUGAAAGUUGGUGAUUGUGUGUUUAUCAAGUCACACGGGCUGGUGCGACCAAGAGUGGGAAGGAUAGAGAAGAUGUGGGUCCGUGACGGAGCGGCGUACUUCUUUGGCCCGAUUUUUAUACAUCCUGAAGAAACGAUUCACGAGCCAACAAAAAUGUUUUACAAGAAGGAAGUGUUUCUGAGCAACCUAGAGGAGACCUGCCCCAUGGCUUGUAUCCUAGGGAAGUGUGCCGUCUUAUCGUUCAAGGACUUUCUGUCUUGCCGACCCACGGAAAUCACUGAAAAUGAUAUACUCCUUUGUGAAAGUCGCUACAACGAGAGCGACAAACAAAUGAAGAGGUUUAAAGGACUCAAGAGAUUUUCACUCUCGGCAAAAGUAGUGGACGAUGAAAUAUAUUAUUUCAGGAAACCCAUCGUUCCUCAGAAGGAGCCGUCUCCCUUACUGGAGAAAAAGAUCCAGGAGCUGGAGGCAAAGUUUGCGGAUCUGGAUGGAGGCGAAGAGGAGAUUGAAGACUUGGGCGAGGAGGACGGUGAGAUCCUGGAAGCUCCAUCUCUCCCUCAGAUUCCAACUCCCCUCUCUGGAGAGUUAGACAUGAUGCCGUACACCCCUCCGCAGGCUGCCGCGCUUCCAAGCUCCCCCCGAUGCUCCGACGACCUGACGCCCGAGGUCAGGCUGCCUUCCCCUUCCUCACUGACGCAAAGGGGACCCCUAGCCGAGGCAGAGCAAACACCCACUGACAGACACACGAAAGAUGAUGGCCCAGGGGAGACAGCGGACAGCAAAUUACCAAAACACUAUUUAGACAACGGAAAGUCGACUCCUAAAUCCGCUAAGAAUAGCACGAAAAAGGAAGGAGGGAGGCGUAAGAUUAACAUGAGCGGCUACAUUCUGUUCAGUAGCGAGAUGAGAGCGGUCAUUAAAGCCCAGCACCCCGACUACUCGUUCGGAGAACUUAGUCGCCUGGUGGGAACGGAGUGGAGGAACCUGGAGGCAGCAAAGAAAGCGGAUUAUGAAGAACGUGCUGCCAAAGUUGCAGAGCAACAGGAGAGGGAGCGAGCCGCGCAGCAGCAAAACUCAUCUCCACGAGCCGGGACCCCCGUGGGAGCCUUGAUGGGGGUGGUCCCUCCUCCAACACCAAUGGGAAUACUCAAUCAGCAGAUGACUCCUGUUUCAGGUGUCAUGGCUCAAGGAGUACCAUCUAUGGUUGGGUCCCCGGCAUCCGGAAGCAAUCCUUACAACCAGCAGAUCGGGAUGCUGGUUCCGCAAGGUCAGCAGGCCCCGCCCCCAUAUCCAGGUCAAGGUCAGGGAAAUCAGCCCUCCGUCCAGCAGCCGACGACCCCGGUGUUUGUCGCGCCUCCUCCGCGCACCCAAAGGCUGCUUCAUUCAGAGGCAUAUCUGAAAUACAUUGAGGGGCUGACGGCUGAAUCGAACUGCAUUAGUAAAUGGGACCAAACGCUGGCAGCCAGAAGAAGAGACGUUCACUUGUCCAAAGACCAAGAAAGUCGUCUUCCGUCGCACUGGUUGAAGAGCAAAGGCGCUCACUCCACGAUGGCCAACGCCUUGUGGCGCCUCCGAGACCUGAUGCUGCGGGACACGCUGAACAUCCGCCAGGCGUACAACAUUGAAAGUGUUUAAUGUUUUUAGUGACCGGGGCCUCCGGCUCAAUCCUUUUCUUUUUUUUUUAUUGUUAUUAUUAUAUGUGUACAUUGAGGAACCAUUUUGAUAUAAGGACACUUUUAAUGAGUUUAUUUCGAUUGUGUUGCCAUUGUGUUACAUAUUACAUUGUUCUGACCAAAUACAGACAUUUUACAUGUUC